ACUCAACCACCCCUAGACUUUAAAAGCCUCUCACUAUAUACCCACACUUCCACUCUGUCUCGAUCUGUACCAUUCUUCUCCCCGCACUGCAACUCUUUCUCGCCGCCGCCGUCUUACAAUCACUCAUGGCAAAAACCACCAUACCCGCCGCCGCUGCGCUCCUAGUGGCAGCCCUGGUUCUGGUGACCAGCAACGCGCAGGCGCCGGCGGAGGGUCCCAGAGCGUUCCCCAUGGCUCCGGUGGAGGGUCCUGGAGCUUUACCCAUGGCUCCGGUGGAGGGUCCCGGAGCAUUCCCCAUGGCGCCGUCGUCGGACAACUGCUUGAGCAACUUGCUUAACAUGUCGGACUGCUUGAACUACGUGCAGGCGGGGAGUAACCUGACGAAGCCGGACAAAGGUUGCUGCCCGGAGCUGGCCGGACUGGUGGAGAGCCACCCGGAAUGCCUUUGCCAACUGCUGGCUAACCCGGAGAAGAUCAUCGGAGUUCCGAUCGAGCUCAACAAGGCCCUUAAGCUUCCCUCUGUCUGCAAAAUUGAUACCCCUUCUCUUACCUUAUGCUCAGCUAUUGGUAUACCCGUGGGAGCUCCAACACCAUCAAGUGAAGGGAAAACGCAAUCACCUGCUGGGCUUGCUGAUGCAUCGAGUCCUGUAGGGAGUCCAGAAGGGUUUCCACCAAGUCCAUCAUCACCGAAGGGUGACAACAAUAACAAUGCAGCAGCUCCAACAUUUGCAACCUUUGAUUAUUGCCACUUCCUUGUUGGCAUGGCAGCUAUGCUUUUUGCAACUCUUUUCUAAUUUCAAACUAUUUUCUUCAUUUAUUUUUCUUUAUUAUUAUUGUCGUUUUUGUUUAAAAAAAAAUUAUGCUUGUCACCACAUUUCGUAUUUAUCUGCUAUUGGUAGCAGUAGGGAUUCGUAUUUCCUAUGUAGAAAAUUGUCUAUGAAUAAUGAAUCGAUAUGAUGUUCGAAAUUUCCUUUGUAUUGAAUUGUGUUUCCUUAAUUUUUAUGAUCUUUAGUAAA